CCUCCUCCCCCGCCCUUACCUCGUUGAGGGAGCGCUGGAGGCGGCUAUGCCGGCUGGGUGAGGUCAGUUCCGGGGCGGAGCAGCCCGAGUGGUGCAGUCAGGGCCAAACAAAAGGAGCCCGAGCAAAGGGGACGAAGCCGGUCAGGCACUGCCAGGGAAGCUGCUCCCAUGGCGCUUGGGGAAUGCAGUGUUUCUGUGCUCUGUCAGGAUCCAGCACAUACAGACAUCAUCCUCUUCCAGCACAGAGAAUUGAAGUGCAGAUAGCAGAAUCCAGCCACAGGGUGAACCAUGAUUCCUGUCACUGAACUGCGCUAUUUUGCUGAUACCCAGCCAGCAUACCGCAUCCUGAAACCAUGGUGGGAUGUCUUCACGGACUACAUUUCCAUAGUCAUGUUGAUGAUUGCAGUGUUUGGAGGGACGCUUCAGGUCACCCAGGACAAAAUGAUCUGCUUGCCCUGCAAAUGGGUUACCAAAGACUCCUGCAAUGACUCUUUCAAAGGUUGGACAGCUGCAACUCCAGACCCCACUUACUAUAACUCUAGUCUUGUCCCAUCUCAGGACACUGGGCCUACAGGGAUCCGAUAUGACCUAGACCGGCACCAGUAUAACUAUGUGGAUGCAGUGUGCUAUGAGAAUCGCCUUCACUGGUUUGCCAAGUAUUUCCCUUACCUGGUGCUGCUACACACUCUGAUCUUCUUGGCUUGCAGCAAUUUCUGGUUCAAGUUCCCCCGGACCAGCUCCAAGCUGGAGCAUUUUGUGUCUAUUCUGCUGAAGUGUUUUGACUCCCCCUGGACGACAAGAGCACUGUCUGAGACAGUGGUGGAGGAGAGUGAUCCCAAGCCUGCCUUUGGGAAGAUGAAUGGCUCCAUGGACAAGAAAUCUUCCACAGUCAGUGAGGAUGUGGAAGCCACUGUCCCAAUGCUACAGAGAACAAAGUCGCGGAUCGAGCAAGGGAUUGUAGAUCGCUCUGAGACGGGCGUCCUGGACAAGAAAGAAGGGGAACAGGCCAAAGCGCUUUUUGAGAAAGUUAAAAAAUUCCGCACACACGUGGAGGAGGGAGACAUAGUCUAUCGCCUCUACAUGAGACAAACUAUCAUCAAGGUGAUCAAGUUCAUCCUGAUCAUCUGCUACACUGUCUACUAUGUCAACAACAUCACGUUUGACAUUGACUGCAAGGUGGACAUCGAGAGCCUGACAGGUUAUCGCAUGUACCGCUGUGCUCACCCUCUUGCCACUCUCUUCAAAAUCCUAGCCUCUUUCUACAUUAGCCUGGUGAUCUUUUAUGGACUGAUCUGCAUGUACACACUCUGGUGGAUGCUGAGGCGAUCCCUCAAGAAAUAUUCCUUUGAGUCCAUCCGGGAGGAGAGCAGCUAUAGUGACAUCCCUGAUGUCAAGAAUGACUUUGCUUUCAUGCUGCACCUGAUCGACCAGUACGACCCCCUCUACUCCAAGCGAUUCGCUGUCUUUCUGUCUGAGGUGAGUGAGAACAAGCUGCGGCAGCUGAACCUCAACAAUGAGUGGACCUUGGAGAAGCUGCGCCAGAGGAUCACAAAGAACUCCCAGGACAAGCUGGAGCUGCAUCUCUUCAUGCUGAGUGGCAUCCCCGACACAGUUUUUGACCUUAUCGAGUUGGAGGUGCUGAAGCUGGAGCUCAUCCCUGAUGUUACUAUCCCACCAAGCAUUGCCCAGCUCACCAGCCUUAAGGAGCUGUGGCUCUACCACACGGCUGCCAAAAUUGAGGCCCCAGCCCUUGCCUUCUUGAGGGAGAACCUGAAAUCUUUGCACAUUAAGUUCACAGACAUCAAGGAAAUCCCUCUGUGGAUUUAUAGCCUAAAGACCUUGGAGGAGCUCCACUUGACAGGGAACCUGAGUGCAGAGAACAACCGUUACAUUGUGAUCGACGGACUGAGGGAAUUGAAGCGGCUCAAGGUACUGCGGCUGAAGAGCAACCUCACCAAGCUGCCGCAGGUGGUGACGGAUGUUGGUGUGCACCUCCAGAAGCUCUCCAUCAACAACGAGGGUACCAAGCUCAUUGUCCUCAACAGCCUUAAGAAGAUGGUCAACCUGACAGAGCUGGAGCUGAUCCGCUGCGACCUGGAACGCAUCCCACACUCUAUCUUCAGUCUCCACAACCUCCAAGAGAUUGACCUGAAGGACAAUAACCUCAAGACCAUUGAGGAGAUCAUCAGCUUCCAGCACCUACACCGUCUCACUUGCCUUAAGCUGUGGUACAAUCAUAUCGCCUACAUCCCCAUGCAGAUCGGCAACCUCACCAACUUGGAGCGCCUUUACCUUAACCGCAACAAGAUAGAGAAGAUACCCACCCAGCUUUUCUAUUGCCGGAAGCUGCGGUACUUGGAUCUCAGCCACAAUAACUUGACUUCCAUACCAGCAGACGUUGGGCUACUGCAGAACCUGCAGAACCUAGCUGUGACAGCCAACAGGAUUGAGAGUCUCCCACCUGAGCUCUUCCAGUGCAGGAAACUGCGGACCUUGAACCUGGGAAACAAUGUGCUGCAAUCACUGCCAUCUCGGGUGGGCGAGCUGACCAACCUGUCCCAGAUAGAGCUGCGGGGGAACCGCCUGGAGUGCCUGCCGGUGGAACUGGGGGAGUGUCCUCUGCUGAAACGCAGUGGGCUGGUGGUGGAAGAGGACCUGUUCAACACCCUGCCUCUGGAGGUCAAGGAGCGGCUGUGGAGAGCGGACAAAGAGCAAGCCUGAGCUGCUGACAGGAAGGCAGGGAAACCUCUAGACAGGAAACAAAAGGCCAUUCCAUUCCAAUUCCAUCUCCCAACCGUCCCAGCCAACACCAGACUAGCUAAGGAGAUCCUUGAAUAACCAACACGACUGGGAACAAGGCUGCUUGCUCCCUUGGAUGCAGGAUGGGGGAGGUUCGGGGUCAGGGUGAGGACCAAGGCAGAGUGGGUGGCUCCUCCGCAACAGACAGCAGGAACAAAAGAGAUGCUGCUGUUCUGCAAGAUGAGAAGUGGGAUGAUGCCAAAGCUGCCAUGGAGUUAACCAGAACCGCUGGUGGAGCCAACUUAGUUCAGGGUAACUGCCUCUGAAUAUAGGGGAGAGAAAUGUGCUGAUCCAGUUACUGCUGCAUCGCCCUAGAUAGGGCUCUUAUGUACAUCAGGGACUGAGGAUGUCUUAGAGUCAAAGGACAAAAGUCCAGGGAGCCUCUUUAAAUUCAAACUCUACUUUGCUGUGACACUUUUUGUAUAGUUCCACGCUAUUUGCUGAUUUAAUCAGUUUUGGGCUUCUCUUUGAGGGGAGGGAGGGUGGCACGGCUUUUUUAUUUAUUUAUUUUUAUUUUUAAAGAUGCUGGCGUUUUUUUGGUAAUUUUACCUCAAAGAUCAACUUGGAUUCAGGACUGGUUUUUUUUUUUGUUUAAUUUUUUUUUAACCCAGUUUCCAUCUGCUGACUUGAGGUUGCACAGUCUUUACAGAUUCCAGUCCUUUGUGCUGGCCAGUAGAUCGCAUGGCCUGCUUCCCUAGCCUAAAUUAGCUGUUCCAGAAUGCUACCUACAGUGGGCUGUCAGUAGGCUGAAUUCCAGUUAUAUUUAGUAAAUGGGACAGGAAGGAUGCAGCUCAAUGCAUGAGAUAAGACUUGGGUGGAAAGCAGUAAGACUGUUUCUGCCAGAACACUGAGGUACUUCAAGACUUUGGAUCUUAAAAAGUGUUUUAACUACUUUUUAAACCUUUUUUCCCCCUCAGCAUUUUGUCUGGGGCAUUAAAAAUACAAACACACUAUUAGCCAGUGUUAAGUAUAACUCAAAAUAGGGGAGAUGCUGCCUGUAGCAGAGAAGAAUAUUCCCUACCCUUGCUGUGGAGAUAUAUAUAAAAAUUUUUUUUGAGGUUUUGCCAGCAUCUUUUAUAAGUACAAUCUACAAAGCUACUCUUUUUGUUCCAGUCUGUUCAGCUGUCGAUUAUAGCAGCUGUCAUUCUUGCUGCUCCUCUUGGCCUACAUGAUGACAAGAGGCUAAUGCUGAUUGAACUUGGUGCUUGGGAUGGUAACCCUGUCCUUCUCUCUGCCCUACUGUUAAGGAAGAGUAUAAGAAUCCUCCCUGAACUGGGCUCCUCCAGCCCCCUGGGAGGGGAGGCCCCAUAGUGACGAGAGGAAUCUGUGUUGAAACAAGGCUAACUUGUGACUGUUCAACAAAUCCCCUUCUGCAUUUGCAGAGGCAGCCAUAGCUUAGUGAUAGCUACUCGUAAUCAUGUCCUCAAACCAGGGUGGUUAAAGUGUGGCUUACAUUUCUACCAGUCACCCCAAAGCCACCUUGUGUUCAUUAGAAGGGGAAGCCUAUGGACCCUACAGCUCCGGUAAGCAAUGCUCCACCUUGCCCAGCUGCUUGGAUCCUCCAAGACUGGAGCACUGCCUGCUGGGAUAUGUAGUAUUUGCAGGCAUUACCUACAUAUUAAAGGGGGGAGGGCGGGUGGGCAGGCACUGGGUUCCUGGCAAGCUGCCACUGAAGCCCUGAGUUGGGCAAAGCAUAGACACCCUCUGUCUCAGAUAUUCCGGGCAAUAACGAACACUACAGCUUCUCUUUCUGCAUCGGAUGUAAUACACACUAGAAAUGCUGGAACAAUCUGUUAACUAGGCUCUGGAUUUGUUGAUGCUCAGAUGUUUAAAUAAAGCUACAUUGAAAGCUAGGAAAACUUAGCUUGUUUAUAGAAAUGCUUCUAAGAAGGGUAUAAAGUCUGCCUCCCUUAGUCCAUUCAUCAUGAAAAGUCAAACAAUCCAAAGGGAUAACGCAAUCAACUCUUGUUUGCAUGUUUUCCUAGUUCCCCUCCUUUCCAGAGGAAAAAGUGCUGUAAAAGCUCUUCUGGAUGACAGGUUCACAUUUCUAACGUGAUUUUAGUGUGUGUUGAAAUUACAACAGAGAUGGGGCUAUUGGUGAAAGGAAGAGUUUUUUAGCUAUUUCAGAAUGCACUGUAUCAGAGAUCAGACUGGGAUUUAGAAGUGUGAUGCUGAUGAUUUGCAGAGUGGGAUUUACCAAUCAUGCUAGGGUUUUGUAUUCACAAGGAGGGCAGCGAACCUGCUGGGGGGGGGACUUGAGACUGCUUACUCAGAAAAUUGAUCUGUUUCAAGAUACAGUACAAGUGCUGCUUUGAACUAACUCUCCAUAGUCAGAGUAAGGACCUUUCAGAUGGGGGAGGGAGUCUGUCUUUCCUACUCUGCUAGAUGAAAUCUGGUGUUUUGCAAUUCUUUACUGAGCCCUGAACCAGUUCUGGGACUGUAUGAUUAGGACCCAUCUACUCUACAGCAGUCAUGGUACCUGGUUACAAAACAACUUACUAGUUGUAGCAUGCACAGACCUAACUGGUCCUUGGACUGUGCGGAGUUAUAACAUUGCUUAUGGAAAGUGGGCUAAGGUUCUGCACCGGACUCGCCUGACUCUUCUGGUUGUACUGAAGGUGGGCUCUUAGUUAUCUAAAACUGCAUUUAAUUUAGGUCCUGAACUGUUUGUAUAAAUAGUCAGACUGAACUCCAGAAAGUUUGCUGUAAAGUGUCUAGAAAUCUGCAUAGUAAUAUGCAGGCCUCCUGAACUGCUGUAUAGCUCAUCCUUAGGACAAGCCACCAUCCUGCUGCGGGGGGGGAAGACAUCCUCUUUUUAGAGUUUUAUUUUCUACUGUUUGAAAAAUAAGUAUCUGCCUAUGUUUGAUCCAGCUGCACAAAGCAAAUAUAAGACCAGUAUUGAUCAUGCAUGGAAACAUGAGCUGCUUGCUGCUCUUUAAAUAUUUCAACCAGGACUGUUACAAGAGGUCUAGAUAGCUCCCCAGGGGCAAAAUCAGAAUGAAUAAAGAAUUUUUGAAAACUUGUCAUAAUGGAAGCCAAGGUUAUAUUGAAAUGACUCACCCUGAAUUGGUGAACUGGCUGAGAUGCACUUUUCCUCUUCCUUCAAGCAGAUGUUGGACCUACACUAGCAGAUCUCAGAGGCAUGAGCUGGGAGAAAGCUUGAGAAUUUUAAGUAUGGGGUCAAAACCUGAGCUGCUGUGCACCUACAGUUGCUCAAUACUUAUCCAGAACUUGGCCCAUAACAGGACAAGUUCUCAUUUCCAGUACAGUUCUCUUCCUUUUCCUGAUCACUCAACCCUUGAGUGACCUAGCUAACACACUCUUUCCCAAUUAUAGGCAAGUCAAUCAAUGCUCCGUUUUUUUUUGUUUUGUUUUUUUUUAAAGUGGGUUAUCAGGUAGAAGCUGAGUUGGGCUGCAACUGACCUGUGUACUAUCCUAGGAAACCUGUUCAGGUUAAACAGACCAGUGAGGGUCUGGUUAGUGUUUCUUCUUCCUGGCAGUCUUCUCAAAGGAUUCUAAUAGUAAUAACCAGGAUCCAUCUAUGUUAGCAGCUAAACUAAAAACAGAACUUAAAUUAAAGCCAAAUGUCUCCUAACAGCACUACUGAGUUGAACUAGUUCUUGGGGCCACUAUUUAUCCUAGGUACACUUGUGCCACAAUAGGAACCACAGUUCUAAGCUUUUUGGUAAACUGAAUUCUAGCUGUAAUGGUAAGUGGCCUGAUGUUUAAGUUGCAACUAAUGAAUUUGAAUCAACCAAGGUAGCAGAAGCUGAAUCUGUUAAAUGUGUUAAAUCUUGCUGUGCUUUGAAACAAUGGAUUGGAAUGUCCGUUGUGGUGUUUUGUUUUGUUUUUCUUUUGUUCUUACCAGUUGGUCCACUGUUAACCCACAGGUGGAACUAAUUUACUGUGCCCCUCUAAACUCUUUCAUGGGUGUUGCAGGUAUUCAUUAUUUUUAUUUCUACUUUGUAUUAACUACUCUUUCACUCCCCUAGAGCAUCCUACCUCAGGACCUUUUUCUCCACCACUUGUUUUGUGCUCACUUUCAUUUCUUUAACAAAACCAAACUCUUGAUGUUUAUCAGCAUGGAUAAAAUUUUAAGGUCACUUUCAGUCUCUGAACCACACUUAGGUCCUCAGUUUUUGUUCUAACAGAUGAGAGUAGGAAACUGGAAAACAUAUUCAUGUUUUGCAGCAGAUGAGGUAUGGGGAAAAUAGGCUCCAAAAUCUUAUUGGAUUGAACAGUGGUGGGGUGUUAAGCCAUUUCCAUUUCAUGUCAUUUUAUUAUUUAAGCCUUUUCCAUUUCAGUCACUUCCUUUUGUGAAAGGGACUUGAUUGAAUAAAUAUUUUGAAACCUCAUUUAGUCUGUGACCUGUUCUCUUCCAGCUCUUCUGAGGUAGGAUGGAUCUUUUGAAUAGAUGGGGUGCCUGCUUUAGAAGUGCAGUAGGGUGAUUACUCUAGUGAUGUUUACUCAUACUAGUGUCAUUCAUGUGGCCAGCUGUUCCUGUUGGCUCUAUCCUUAUCCAGCAAUGAUCUUUAAAAUGUUAUGAUUUCUAUUCUCUUCACCGAAAAACAAAAUGGUCAUAUGCCUUAAAUUGUAAUAUCCCCUGUUGAGCUGUUACUCAGCAUUUGCAAGAGGUUGAAAACUUCAAGUACUAACAUAGGCUUUAAUCUCAUUUAGCAGUACUGUUCAGAAACCUUUAGCUACACGCUGGAUGCUGCAAUCUUCAAUCUUGAAUACUGUCAACCAUCCAGUUUAAAAAAAAAAUAAUGGUAGAGCUGACAAAAGAAAAUGGGUUCUGUCUAUCCCAUCUGCAUGGAGUUGAGCAGCAAUUUGGCAAGUAAUAUCUGUGCACUUCCCCCUUUCUCUCCCCACUUUCUCCUGCUGUAGCUGGAGACUAAUAUAUAUUGCUUUGAAACACUUCUGAAAUUUGACCCAUUAACUUACUGUUUAAAAAUAGCAGGUAGCUAUGUAUAGCCCUAGCUGAAAGGGAGGGGUCUAGCAAGUCAAGAUUGAGUAAGGCUGCCUGGCAAGAAAAGCUGAAUGUGGGAUUUCUAGAAAUCCCACAUUCUCCCCUGAUCUGCUCUUUCAGGAAGUCCUAUGAACAAAUGAGGAGCUGUGCAAAUUGCUCUUGUCUAGAGCAAACUAGUGCGGGCUGUGUGAAAAGAACUGACAGGACCUCACAAUAAGAGUGUCUAUACAGCUGAUAUGUCCCCUUCCUCAGGACAUAACUCAUGGCUUAAACACUUCACACAGCUUAUAAAAGUACUCUCACCGUUGUAGCUUGGUGUCCCCCACACCCUGGUAUGACACUUUAGAAUUGUGAAACUGAGUUAAGCCUUGUAUGUUGGAUUAUGUUUAGGCAGGUAACAGCACCUCAAGUGCUGAAGGCUGCUGUGCUUUCUCUGAAAGACUUGUAAGACUGGACACUUUAACAAAAUAAACAUUUUAACUUUUUA